AUGUUGUUUGCAAUUCGUCGUGCAUGCGGUAAAUUUUACAUUGGUCUUGUUCCAAAUCCAUCUUUAAUAGAUAAUGCUAAGAAAAUGAAGAAAUAUGGAAUGGAUAUUUGUUUUCACAAAGAUAUUAAAGAUGGUGAUGAUAGUUUCUCAAUUAUCUUUGACUUUGAUGAACCAAGUUCGUUUACUGUCACAAACUUUUGGUAUUCACUUGAAACAUACGAAAAUAUAUUUCGAAAAGCUGCUUUUCGUACAUUCGAAUGGGUCAAACAGCAUAUCAAUCCACAAGCAACAGAAGAACAAAAAAUAUUUUUUGCUGAUUAUAAUCAAAUAGGCAUGAGUUUUAUAGCUGGGAUUUAA